AUGGACAGUUAUAGCAACCUGACAGAAGAUGAAGAAGAGGAAUUGCCUGAGGACGCAUUAUCUCUACUCUCUGUGUUAUUCGUCGGUUUUCUGCUGUUCGUCUUGAUAUUUCUCUCAGUAGCGGGAAACGUAUUGGUAUGUGUUGCAAUAUACACCGACAGAGGGCUGCGAAGAAUAGGAAAUUUAUUUCUGGCCUCAUUAGCGAUCGCGGACCUAUUUGUCGGCUGCCUGGUGAUGACCUUCGCGGGAGUUAACGAUCUCCUGGGUUACUGGAUGUUCGGGCCGAGCUUUUGCGAUACUUGGAUCGCGUUCGACGUGAUGUGCAGCACUGCAUCGAUACUGAACCUCUGUGCGAUUUCGCUGGAUCGGUAUAUCCAUAUCAAGGACCCCUUGAGGUACGGCCGGUGGGUGACUAGACGAGUCGCGGUCGGGAGCAUUGCUGUUGUCUGGCUUCUCGCUAGCACUGUAUCCUUCGUUCCUAUCAGUCUCGGGCUUCACAAAAGCCAGGAUUCCAAAAAUUCAUCUCCUACCUACAACGAUGGUCUCCAAGAAUAUCCAACCUGUGCGCUAGACUUAUCGCCCACGUACGCGGUGCUUUCGUCCUGCAUAUCAUUUUACGUGCCAUGUGUGGUGAUGGUCAGCAUAUAUUGUCGGCUAUACUGUUACGCUCAGAAACAUGUUAAAAGUAUACGGGCGGUAACGAAGCUGCCUCAACCAUCAUUAGGAAAAAGUUUUCGUGCUAAAAGCACAAGAAAUAAAUUGCAACACCAGGAACCGGCUAAAAAUAAGCCUCCAGCUAAAACGAAGCCCACCUCACCUUAUCACGUUUCCGAUCACAAGGCCGCCAUCACUGUCGGUGUUAUUAUGGGAGUUUUUUUGAUAUGCUGGGUACCUUUUUUUUGUGUCAAUAUCGUCGCAUCAUUUUGCAAAACUUGUAUACCAGAUCGAGCGUUUCAGGCAUUCAAGCGCAUCCUGACAAAAGGAGCCCGUGCAAGAGGUAACCAGCCAUCGACUAGCGAGUGCGGAGAAUUCCGUUCAGUAAUUGUACAAAAAAGAAAUGGGUCUAUCGUUGAGUGUAAUAUAAGUCAUAGAUCUAGCGCUGACAGUUGUCAGGGCGGUCAAUUAGGUAGAUUACAGAAUCACCAUCGUGAUACCAUCGUUAGCUCUAUUUAA